AUGAAGUCCGUUCUGUCGCUCACCUCGUUGCUGACGCUACUGGCGGCGAUUGCGGUGCUUUUGGUCACCAUGCCCUUCACCAGCGCCUCGACGCCCGAACCCGUCGUCACGCACAAGGUCUACUUUGACAUCAGCCACGACAACAAGGAUGUGGGGCGAAUCACCCUUGGUCUGUAUGGCAACGAUGUGCCGCGCACGGCCGAAAACUUCCGUGCCCUCGCCACGGGUGAGAAAGGAUUCGGCUACAAGGGCAGCAAGUUCCACCGCGUCAUCAACAACUUUAUGAUCCAAGGCGGCGACUUUGAGCGCGGCGACGGAAGGGGAGGCUACUCGAUCUAUGGUGGCAAGUUCGACGAUGAAAACUUCAAACUGAAGCACACGGGUCCCGGAGUGCUCAGCAUGGCCAACGCCGGAAAGAACACCAACGGCGCCCAGUUCUUCAUCUGCACCGUCCAAACCAGCUGGCUCGACGGUCGACACGUCGUCUUCGGUCGCAUCAUCGACGGAAUGGACGUGGUCAAGUACAUCGAAAACGUCCCCAAGGGGUACGGCGACAAACCCGUCCACGACGUCAUCAUCAAGGACUCGGGCGAGCUCGAAAAGGUGAAGGACGAACUCUAG